AUGGCAGCGCCCGCCGAGGGCAAAGCCAAAGCCGGCACAAGGAGUGCGACGCUGGGGCUGCUGGCAGUGGCCAGACUGGAGGUGGCUCAGCUGGCAGCGCUGCUGGAAGUGGCGAUCCUGGCAGCGCUGCUGGCGACGGCGGCGGUGGCGGUGGGUCAGCCGACGGCGGCGGCGGGUCUACUAAGGGCGCUGGCGGUGGAUCAGCUAAGGCUGGCGGUGGAUCUGCAAAGGGCGAUGGUGGUGGAUCGGCUAAGCCCGAGGGCGACGGCGGUGGAUCUGCACAGGGCGUUUCGUCAAAAGCGGGCGCCGCCGGAGGUGCCAAGGCCAAGGCGGGCGCUGGUGGUGGCUCUGGCGGUGGCGGCGGUGGCGGCGGAGGACGACAUUUGGGGCAUUGGGUGCUGGGUCUGCAAAAAGGCUGGCAAGUGCUGCAAGUACGCUGCUGGCGCCGUCCGGUCUGGGAACCUGAAGAACAUUCAGACUCACACCACCUCUGUUUCUCAUCAGCUCUCGCUUGACAGCCUUGGCAUGGACAGCGACGUCCCUGACUUGAAUCUCGCGCCUGCGGCAGGCGACUUUGCAAAGGUGCUGAAGCACCGGCAAGCUGGGAACAGUUUGAGCCAAGGCAUUCUGGGGAUCGGCGGUCGAUUCAAACUAAGUCAAAUGCAGUGGGCUUUGGCAGAAGCUGCGAGGGCGGAAACCCGGAAAAUCCUAUCCGAAUCUGUGACUGUUUGUAUUGGGCAGGAUUGCCGCAAGGCAGAGUUACUCAUGCGGUACACGGCGUGCGACAAGGCUCUGUCUGUGCGCCGCGGCAUGGUCGGGUCGCUGCCUGUGGAAGGCGGAGAAACAAUCACCAACACCCUGAAGACCAUGGAGAAGAUACUCAUGCACGUCUUUGACGGCGAUCAGGCUGCAAUGAAGAACUUCGCCAAGAAAGUCUCCAUCUUUGUGGCUGACGCUGCAAGCAGUGAGCAAGGGUCUGGAAGAGAAGCCGGCCGCGCGCUGUUUCCAAACCUGCUGACAAUUCAGCGCGACCGGAGCCACGCUGCGACACGGGUCUUCAAACGGCCAUGGGAGGCUGACUCUGAAAUUUCUGGGCUGCUGCAAACAUUUGUCUUCGACAAAACUUGCAUAUGCCGCAAGAUUGAGAAUUCACCUGUUCUACAGGGGGUGUUCGCGAGGUAUGUGCAGCAGCAAGGUGGCAAUGUGGCAUCCAGCCGGAAAAGCUUGCAGGCUGCAAAGCAUCGUUUUGCCAGUUACAGCCAGCCGCUUGGCAGACUGAUCUUACAUUGGGAUGCCGUGCUGAGCACCCUGAUUUGGGUUUCGGCAAACCGCGAUGGGGACGAAGCCAAACAAGCAACUGACUUCCUUGCUGAGUUGUCAGAGGAGCGCCUUGUUCUUCUCUCGAUGGCAGCUGACCUGGCAGAUGAGUGCAUUUGCUUUGUGCGCCUGUAUGACCGUGAGUCAUAUGACGUCAGCGAGACAGCCUUUGAGGGUGGCAUCCUGCAGCAGGGCUUCACUCUCCACAUGCUCCGCCAGCUCGACAAGCAAACAGCCUUCAUGGCCAAGGGUGUGCCCAAGGUCCUGGGCGGCCCACGGCGAGUGUCGUCAGAGAUGCUCCUGCAGAUGGUUCAGCGGCUUCAGGUCUUCGUCGCCCUGGCAGUGGACACUGUCAAGGCAGAGUUUCCUGGCCAUGACAUUGUGAUGGCGUUCAACGCCUUUGAUGUUUCAAAGGCCCACACAAAUCGCCGGAUGGCAAGCAGAGAGAACCACCAGGAAAACGCCAAGACAAGUUUGGAGCGCAUCGCCAAUGUUCUGCUUUUGCCUGCCCAGACGCUGCACGACCAAUACCUGGACAUCCUGCCAAUCGCUCUCCAUGAGGCAGCUACUUCUGGCAGGAGUCCGUUCGAGUCGUGGCGCAACGCCGUGCUGCGGGCACGCAAGGGGAAGGGCAGUGGUCAUCCCACAGACGUUCUAGGCCAGGCGCUGGCCUACUAUGGGGCUUGGAAUGGCCUGACUACCUCGGGGGUGGAGCAGGGGUUCUCCAAGAUCGAGCGUCUGAUCCCCAAAGACCGGCGGCUCAUGGCAGAAGCAACCAAGGACACCGAGCUGAGGCUGCUGUUCCAUGCGGAGGACCCGGACGCGCUAUGCAAACAAGCAGUGCAGGUGUGGCUGCAGAAUUUUGGAGCACCUCGCUCAUCUGCGCUGGACAGGAUUGACAAAGGAGUCCCUCGCAAGCGACCAGUCGAUGACGACGAGGAAGCAGACGGAAAAAAUGAGAUCGGGUUCAGGCAAAAGCGACGUUCUGUCGUUGGCAAGCGAGCCGCCCUGGUCUCGGCAGAUGAGGUGCAGCACGCUGCACAGCAAGGAAGCGAGGGGCUGUGGGACGCAAGCCUCCUGGCCGAGCAGUCUUUUCAGCAAAGCAAGCAGUACAAGUGCCGUGUCCAGUCCCUGCUGGAAGGAGCGCUGCUUGAAGGCGAGAUCGACGAUGACCUGCUGGAGGUCACCCAAGCCUUCCAAGCCAACGUUGCCAAGAACAACCGUGACCGUGUCACCAAGGAAAGGCAGCGAGCAAGUUUAAUUCGCCCGGCCAUGGUCAAAAACCUCCAGACAAGCACUUUCUGGCUCGAGAACGCUGAGCUGGCGAAGCUUGACUGUGCCAAUCCUGCGCUUGUCCCGCGCCCCGAGGAAGCUGACAACUUCAUCGUGUUGAACCCAGCCAACCCGCCAGAAGCAGUGCUGUGGACAGCCGCCUUGCAAGGGGGGUAUGUCGCCAACAAUAUGUACUUCAUGACUGGCGGCGCCCAGGGCAUCGCCUUUGACUUUUUUCCUGCGACCGCAGUCAAGAGAAGCGUGUUCAUCAGCCACUGCUUUGUCCGGGAAGAACCUGAUCUUGCACGCAUUCUGCGGUGCGCGUGCGGGCGUGUCUUGUCACGCUGGGCCUUGCUGACUUCCGUAGAGGACUUUGUCCACAUGACCACCAGGGCCGCCGGCCCCCAGGUCAAGAACCCGAAGCGCUAUGCUGUGAUAGCUGUCAUGAGCGAGCAAGCUGCAAUCCGGGCAGCUGAGCACAAUGGGCUCAAGCCAGUAGCGGGGCUCGUCGUCGCAGCAAUCAUGGCGCCGAAGAAGGCCAAGGCAAAGGCCAAGGCCGCGGCGGCUGCGGCUGACGUGGUGCUGGUUCAUGGUCCAGCGGUUCCGCCGCCGCAGGACAAUCUGAACAUGGAGUACCACCAUGAGCUGGAGCAGGCGGUGCAGGAGAUUUUGGCCUGUCCAACCUUCGCCGACCUGCCCUCUGCAGACCCAGUUGGAAUCUCUGGGACCGCAUCUGCAGAAGAUGCUGGGUGGAAGGCCACUUUCAGCGCGGAGGCCUACCAGGCCGCAAUGCAGACGGCUGGGGUGUACGAGGCCGCCGGCAACAUCUUCUGGCUGAACCUCCGCGGGUCCGCGACGCCUGGCGUCCCGAUUAAUGCAACCGCCGUCAAAAACCUCCAGCGCUCCCACUUCAAGGGUCCGGCGCACUUCGACGGCUCGGUGGCUGUGGCAGUGCCGAAGAAUUUGGCCCUUUCCUUUGGCAACCUACGGAGGGUGUCGCCUGAGGAGCCAGAGCACGCGAUGCUCUUCGCCGUCCGGGACGCCAUCCGGGCAGGGGAGGCUGAGAAGACACUCAGGAGCUGGAGGUCAAAGCUGCUGAGUGUCACGAUCCGCUUUGAGAUCAUCGAGACAGAGCAAGACAUGUUCUUUCGAGCAGUCAACCUCCGCAACAAGGUCAUCGAGGAGUACGAAGCCUUGGUGCGAACGGCAGUGGGCCGUGUGUUCGAGCUGGUCGCCUUUCGCUCUUCCAUGCAGGCCUCGGGCGUGUCUGGCGCAGAGGAGCUGUUCAAGGCGUGGGAGGCCAAUGUGAGGCAGACGCGCUCGCACUUGGCGGAGACAGUGACGCUCAACUUUGUCGAGACAGCCUUCAAGGUCUACGACAACUUGCUGGGCGACAAGAAGUUGCGGGCCUCAGUGAUGCGCAUUGAGGAGCGCUAUGGCAAGAUGUCACCGUGGGUGUGGAUGACCAACUUGGAUGCGGUGGUGCUCAAGAGCAAGACUCCGCAGCUCAUUGAGUGGGUACUUCUCAUGGUGGAACACCUUCUCUUGACGGAGCAGAUGAGCUGCAAAGAUUUCACGAAGCGCACCCUGAUACCACAGAAGCAAAAAGGCUUGCUUGAUCUGUGGGUCUUCAAGAACGACCUCAUGCGCUACAUGGUGAACAACCUCCUGCCCAAGAUUGAGCUUACCGCUGCGCAGCGGGAGGUGCUGGCGUCGCUGACCGUGGCAGAGGAGUUGCGCAGCAAGAACAAAAACAAGCAGUGGCAAGGAACUCUCCCCGAAAGCGCCAGGCUUUGGGUCACGUUCCUGACCAACGUGGUCUUCGGCGUGGGCUCUGAUGGAUGUUUGAAAACCACCUUGAAGGCGACGAGUGACAUCAAUGAGUUCAUUGCCAACAAUACUGCUGUGGCUGAGGCUUUUUCUGAAGUCGAAGAAAAGGCCAGAGCUGAGCAAGGUCGGCCGGAACAAGCCUCGGGCGGCAGCAGCGCAGAAGUUCAAACGCAAGCCUUGUGCGGCGUCGGCGGCAUGGAGGUUUCGCUGACUGAGCUGAUCACACCCGAGCAGGCGAAUCAGGAUGACGGGCAGCUGGAGGCCUGGUUCGAGUUUAUGAACACCAAGAUCGAUCAGUUUUGCAAGUUCAUCGUCGACCGAGGAGCAGCCAGCAUGACCAAUAGCGCCCUUGCCGCAGAGCUGAAGGAGAACAGCGUGCUGGCUGAAAUAAAUGGGCCAGCGCUGCUGCUAUAUGACUCGAAAACAGCAGGGGAGGCGAGCAGCAACGCAGACGUGAGGCUGCCGCCCUUCCGUGCCCAACACCUGAAGCGAAUGGCCCAGGCCUUCAUCAAGGCCCGUGACCAGGGGGGCGAUGACAUCGAUCAGCAGGAGGAGCUCCGCGACGGCGACAUCAUCAUGGUGCUGGACGGCGGAAGGCAUGGAAACGAUGGCUCCAUCCAGGGCAGCUUCACAAAGAUCUCCGGGGAGUCGAUCACCAAGGUGAAGCAAGCCUUUACGGUAGUAUAUGACGAAGAAAGUGUAGGAGAGAGAAGAGAACGCGUUCGCGGGUUUGUGACCUGCACAGAGUCACUCUACGCCUUCACGAGGACAGGCUUAGCCAUGGAGCGGCGCCCGCGGAAACACUUUCCAGGCACAACGACGAUGGGGUCCGUCAUUGGGCCAAUUCAGUCGCUGGCAUGGACCGACGAAAACUGCUGGAAGGAGCAGCCCAAGGUCAAGAAGGAUAUUUUCACCAAGGAGCACAAGGUCCUGGUGGGGGGAGCGGUGGAGGCAACUGCUGCCCAAGCUACGAAGCCAAGCUUCCCUGACGACUCAGAGCCAGUCUUCUGGCAUUAUAGCCCGCCUGUGCUGUUCAGCGAACUUUUGCACAGCUUUCGCCCCAUGGUGGUGGUGCGCGGCAACGAGACGGAUCACUGCAUGGCCAUGGAGUGCAUCAAGGCCAAGAUUCCGCUGGUGUCAAUCUGCUUGAGCGAAACCCACAAGGAGGCCCUCACUGCUCAGGUGAAACGACGCUUGUGGAAGGCCAUGCAGACGGAGAGCGUCCCGGAAGUCUACGAGCCCACCCUGGCAAAGUUGCUCUCUGAGUCGUCAUCUGACGGCACGUCAAAGAACCAGAAGAAGACGAAGCCAGAGGCCAAGAAGCGAGCCAAGAAGGCAGAAGAGGGCGAGGACGACAAGGAGGCCAAGACUGAGGAGACGGGCGGCGAGCCAGAGCCCAAGAAGCCGAAGAAAGGUGGCCGACCGACUUCGUCGGCCAACGCCAGCGCCGCUGAGACUGCUCGCCAGGCGCUCUUGGCGAAGCUGAUGGGCAAAUCAUCUGAGUGA